CAAAAGUAUUGUACUAGUGCAGAUAGUGCACCUAAAAAGAACAGAUCAAAAUGGAAGACAGAGAUAUUGUAGAAAUUAAAAGGGAUCAAAGUGGCAAUAUUUUAAUUGAUAACAAUGGGAAUAUCAUGUGUGAAUCGAAAGAAGGUACAUUAUUCCAUUUACAAUAUAAGGAUAUUGAUUUUACCUGUGAUACAGUACAAUGCACUGUAGACAAUAAAAUAAUAUUUAUUAAGUUACAUUUGGAAGAACCAAGUAACUCAUGUAACGAGAACAAUAAUAUUGAUGCCAAUUAUGGUCAACAAGACAAUUAUUGCCAAAAUGAAAAUGAUGCGAAUUAUGGCAAUGCAACUAAAGCAGACCAAGAUAAAAGAGAGGCCAUGUUAUGGGAUGAUGCCAAAACAAAAUUGUUCCUGCAAUUAUACAAAGAAAAUUAUAAUCUCCUUGUUAACAGAAAAAUUAAAACAAAAAAAGUUGUAUGGAAAAAAAUGACAGAAAAUAUGCAAACACAUGGAUAUAAUGUCACACUUGUACAGGUAGAAAACAAAUUUAAAUCUUUAGAAAGAUGUUACAAAAAUAUGGUAACAAAUAAUAAGAAAACAGGCAGAGCUCGCAUGUCAUGUCCAUAUGAAAGAGAGUUAACUGAACUUUGGGGUCAUAAACAUAACAUCCAACCACUAGCAGUGUCUGGAAAGCAAGGCCUACUUUUAAGGGAAGACGUCCAAAAGAGAACAUCUUUACUUACCUGUAAUAAAGUACAAGAGGGCCAGAGUACAAUAAACUUAGAAUCAGAGGAGACUCUAGAACCAAUGACUUCUAAUUCAACCAAUAUUAUAUGUGAUAGGAUAAAUGACAGCGACAUAGGAAAUAAUAUUGGUUUAAACUAUAUAUAUAAUAAUAUAUUCUAUCCACACAUACAAGUGAUAUUAAUUUUAUCUAAACUAUAUAUACACGCAUUUUGCAGGAAUCUACAUCCAAACCAAAGGCACAAAGUAGGUUGGGAAAAUUGUCUGAAACGUGGCAAAAAACAAUGGAGAAACUUCUAAAUGAAAUUCAAGAAGAAAAAAAAACCAAAAAUGAUAUACACAGACAAUUGCUAGAAGAAUAUAAAGCAAUGAGAAAGAAUCAUGAAGAAGUUAUGAAAGGCAUACAGGAACAACUAAUACAGGCCAAUAAACUGAGACAAGAAAGGAAUGAACUAUUGAAAGAAAUUUAUCUCGGAAAUAAGGAAAGUCAAUGAACUUAAACUUUUAUAUUAUUAGAUUAUAAGUUCUAUAAUAUAUAUAAUAUUACAGAUGUAUAAAACUGUUUAUGUUUCAUGGUUUAUGUUUCCACGGUAGCAACGAUUUAUUUUAAUUUGUUUUAUUAAUUAUUUUUUAUUAUUAAUUUUAUUGUACUUUAUUGUAAAGUUUUCAGUUUAUACUUGGAAAUGUUAUAUUUUUGAAAUAUCUGUUUGCUUUUGUUCCACUUUUUAUUUAUUUUUGUUCCACAGAAAAUGUUGAUUCUAUUGUUGCAAACAAAUGUAAUUUUACAUUUGUUUGCAACAAUAGAAUCAACAUAACUAAAAGUUAUGUUGUAAAAAUUAGUAAGUGACAUGCAUAUUUAUAAUA